CAGUUACUUGAGCUCGACUGCCGGAAGAUGUCGUUUACUCGUGUUGCUUCUUUGCGCUUUCUAUUGCCUCGAGGGGUUCAGGUCAGUUCUCCAUCCACGGCGAGACUUUUGUCCACGACAAGCUAUGAAACCCUCCUCGUGGAAACUGUCGGCGAAAAGAAGAACGUCGGUUUGAUUCGCCUCAAUCGGCCAAAAGCUCUAAACGCUCUGAACUCGACGUUGAUGGGCGAACUCGGUGAUUGUAUCGAUGAUAUGAAUGAAGAUACAGCGAUCGGAUGCAUAGUCAUCACGGGCAGCGACAAGAGUUUUGCUGCCGGAGCCGACAUCAAAGAAAUGGCUGCGAAGACCUUCCAAGACUGCUACAAGUCACGCUUUCUGGAAAACUGGUCCCGAGUGUCCAAGUCACAAAAACCUGUGAUAGCCGCGGUCAACGGAUAUGCCCUCGGAGGUGGAAGCGAGCUUGCGAUGAUGUGUGACAUAAUUUACGCCGGUGAAAAGGCAGUAUUCGGCCAACCAGAAAUUUUGCUCGGCACACUUCCCGGUGCUGGAGGAACUCAAAGAUUGACGCUAGCCAUCGGCAAGUCUCGGGCAAUGGAAAUUUGCCUCUCCGGGAAGCAGUAUACGGCCCAGGAAGCCGACAAGUGGGGACUCGUAUCUCGUGUCUUUCCAGUGGAUCAGCUUCUGCCAGAGAGCAUAAAACUCGCCGAGAAAAUUGCGUCGAUGUCUCAGAUAAGCGUCGCCAUCUGCAAGGAAUCAGUGAAUAGAUCAUUCGAAAUGUCGCUUCAGGAGGGACUCGCUGCGGAAAAGAGAGCAUUCCAUUCAACGUUCGCACUCGAGGAUCGGAAGGAAGGCAUGAAAGCUUUCGUGGAGAAACGACCCGCCGAUUUCAAGAACAAUUAAGAACCUAGUUUCUCAUUCGCGGUUCUCUCUUUGUAAUUACCUCGUUUAGCAUAAAUUCACCAGUUUUACCAGGAUAACCUCAUUAAAUGAG